AUGGUCAAAAGCAUUUUCGAAGGCACCGAUUACAUUAAAGGCUGGAAAGAGUCGAUCAAGUCUAUCGAGCACAAACUUAUCGACCUUCGAGCUCAAAGCAAUGCCGCAAACUUUAAGGCCUCCCGGCAACACGCUAUAGAAAGAGAGAGACGGAUUAUCGCUGACUUAGCACGACAGAGAAAGAAGAAUAAGCACCUUUAUGCUGAGAUUGAAAUACUACGCUCCAGAUCGCCAAGCCCAAAUGCUCUAAUUUCGACGCAGCAGCAAGAUGAGAUAUCUACACUAUACUUCGAUAAUAAGGGUCUGCAAGACCUACUACAAAUUGAAUACAAGGAUACUGAUCUGCGGUUCAUCAACCAGAGAAAGGGUCAUCUUCUUAUUGAUGAACUAUCACGUGCUGAGCAACUUGUCAAUGAUAGGAAGUAUCACGCCUGGUUCAUGUCGCCCCAGUCGGAAAAGCUCUUUAUUCUGUGGAAUCAACGCCAGCCAAGGACCCAUGCAGGCAUAUCCCCCAUAUCAGUAUUCUGCGCGUCUUUGGAACCUAUAUUCAACUCCCACAGCCGAUUUAUUUGUCUCACAUGGUUCUGUGGCCUCCAUUCCAAACACGGAAAUGAUGAAGCUCGGGCUAUGCUUGCCGACUUGAUCGUUCAAUUAUGCCAACAACACGACUUCGAUUUCGAGAGAGAGUAUGACGACACCGACAAGACUCUUGUAAGGGAACACGACCCAAGAGAGCUGUUCCUUCUCCUGUACCGUCUUAUACUCUCAUUGCCGAUGGAAAUAACCGUCAUAUUCUUAGUCGAUGAGGCGUACAUCUACGAGCGUGAUGGGUUCCAAGACGGCCUCAACGUAUUUAACGAAUUGCUGCAACUGGUAACGAAUGCGGCGAUUCAAAGUGUCAUCAAAUUGCUCUUUACAAGCACUAGAAAGGUUCGGUUUCUGAACGAGGCGUUUAGACAAGGCGGCCUGACUUUACAUGUCGAGACGGCGGCGCAUCAGACGGGGGGGCCAUCUCAAAAACGCAUGGAGAGACAGAUGAGACUGGAUUCUGAUCAAGGGAGGACUCGAGCGACUGUUCUGGGAAGUGAACAAGAAUACUACGAGAGAGAUGACUUUUAA